AUGUUAACGAUUGAGACAAAGUUGAAUCCUCCCCCCCCNCCCCUCCUCCCUCCUCAAAAAAAACUUCUUCUUCCAUUGGACUAUCACUGUUGGGUGCUGAUUAAUUGGCGGAGAACACACCUAGUCCAAAAUCUCGAUACGGAGUAUCCGCUGACCAAAAACACUGCACGAAAUACCAACUGCAACGAGAUAUUUGAACGUACAAAGACCAUCCUUGACAGAGCAAUCGAAGCCCGUAAUGAAGUAAAUGCCCUUUUCGAAACCAUCAGGGCGACUCGCCAGACUGGCAACGGACGAGCAUUUAAGCCAUACGAUGUCACCCCUGAUCCCGAGUUUCACAUAGGGCUGAAAGUCAAAAUGGACGAAUUGAUCCGUAUUUACAAGAAAGAAUGUGCACUCUGUGAGCUUUUCAGCCAGCGUUGGUUUAACGAAUGGAGAACUUGGCUUAGAGAGGAGAGAAUUCGCGAUCAAGUGAGUAGACCGUAUAACUCUUGCUUUCCAGUUCUAACCAUCUGUAGGGGAUUGCAGAAUAUGAACGUGCCUUGAACCAACGAUAUACGGGGCAUGUCACUCCUGAGAAUACUCGUUAUGCACCGUCAAGUGAAAGUAGUGUUCUCACAGCGAUGUCGAUGUAG